AUGGCCAUUUCAAUGGUUUCAUCUUACAACCUCACUUUCCUUCGCCCACGCCAACUUCAACCUCUUUCUCUCAUUCUCCCAUCUUCUUCUGCAUGCCCUCAACCCCUCCCAAGCCUCCCACUCAGGCUCGUUGCAAAAAUCCGCAGCCUUGGAGUUGGAACAGAAGGUGCACCCUCCGAUCCUAAGGCCGGUGUUUCCCUGUACAAACCUAAAUCCUACCAAGUUCUUGUUGACGAUGCUGCCAAUUCCCUCGCUUUUGCUCUUGAAGAAGGAAAAAUUCGCCUCGAAAUCGAUUUCCCGCCUUUGCCUAGCAACAUAUCUUCCUAUAAGGGAUCUUCAGAUGAGUUCAUUGAUGCCAACAUUCAACUUGCCUUGGCUUUUGUAAGAAAGCUCCAGGACAAAAAGGAAACCAGAGCUUGCAUAGUAUUCCCUGAUAAACCAGAAAAGCGCCGAGCCUCUCAAUUGUUCAAAACAGCUCUAGAUUCAAUUGAUGGGGUUACUGUAGGUUCCUUAGAUGAUGUCCCAGCUGGACCUGUGACUUCAUUUUUCAGAUCCGUCAGGAAUACCCUUGAUUUUGACUUCGAAGAUGAAAAUGAAGGUCGUUGGCAAUCUAGUGAACCUCCAUCAAUCUACAUAUUCCUUAACUGCAGUACACGUGAACUUGCAUAUAUAGAGAAGUAUGUGGAAAAAAUUGCUACAUCAACACCUACAGUUCUAUUUAAUCUUGAACUAGACACUCUACGUGCUGAUUUAGGCCUUCCAGGCUUCCCUGCCAAAGAGUUGCACUACCGCUUUCUUUCUCAAUUCAUUCCAGUCUUCUACAUCCGAAUCCGGGAGUAUUCAAAGACAGUUGCAGUAGCACCUUAUAUUGUCAAUUAUGGUGGAGCUGUGUUCCGCCAGUACCCAGGUCCUUGGCAGGUGAUGAUUAAACAAGCAGAUGGUUCUUUUGCUUGCAUAGCAGAAAGUGCUACCCGCUUUAGCCUUGGCGAGGCCAAAGAGGAGUUGUUGAGAGUCUUGGGACUUCAAGAAGAAGAGGGAAGCUCUCUAGAAUUUCUUCGGAGAGGCUACAAGGCAAGCACGUGGUGGGAAGAAGAUUUUGAUUCAGAAGUAUCUUCUGCCUGGCGGAAUUGA